AACCAACCAAUGACGCCAUUUCUAGGGCAACCGUAAACAGUGGAGGGAGGGAGGGAGAGUGAAUCAUAUCUUGUAACGAUGGAGCAUUCAUUGUGGGGGAACUUACCGCUGUUAGUGAGAGCAAAUUCGAAAGAAUCGGUGGAAUACAUACUCCAAACCCUAUGGAAAACUCGCAAAGUUGGUCUCGAUUCAGCCGAUCGUGAUGUCAUCCGUGAUCUGCUUCAGCUUCAGAAUGACGCCGACCUUGAUCCUCUAUUGGUAUGCCUGCGCAUGUUGAUUCGUAAAUGUGUGUGUGAGAAUGCUAAUAAGGAUGAAAUACAGAAGCUGUUCCCUGCUGAAGUUCUGCCUGAGAUACAGAGAUUAUUGACACUUUUGCUCCAGAAGUUCCAUAGGGAGUGGAGGGAAGAUAUAUCCAAGGAUCAGGCCGAUUCUAGCAAUGAGAUUAGAGCUAUCAGGUUCAUGUUCAGCAGGAAAACCAAAGUCUAGAUAAUCGUCCGAAACUCACCGCUCACAUGCUGCCAUCAGAUCUUGCUGGGAAACAGUCUUUUGGUCAUAUCUUUCUUGACUGUCUGCUGGUGUCGUUGCCCAAGUCACCACGACACCACCUUGGUCUUCCAACCAUAUUCUUUUACUAUUAGUUGUCGCUUUUACAACCACCUAGAUAUACGCUCACAACUUCCACAAGUUUGCCCUUAUCCUAUCCGCUACUAACUAUGGUUAUUGGAAAGUCAUUAUUCAAGUAUAAUUACGUGCUUGGAAGGUCUUAAAUUUACCAAUUACCACCAUUGCAAGUCACUUCUCUACAAAAUUUAAUGAACUUCAUGCUUUUCUUAUUGAUCAUGACUACAUGCUUGGAAAACCCUUGCUUAUGGACCAUCCAUUGCUCAAUCCCUUAUCGCUACUACCAGAGAUCCCCACAACUCUUUGGGAUCCAUACCAUCUGCAUCUUCUGGAUUCACCUCACACCAAUCUCAGCUUUUAGCCGCCCAACAUGCUACUCAACUUGGCUUUCAGCUAAUACCUAUUGCUUCAUCCGAUUCACGUGGCAUUUAUAGUACCUGUCAACAAAAAAUAACUGCAACCUGACAACCGUGAACAGGGGAAUAUUCGUAGUGAAAAUUGUGGCCGUGGUGUUGGUUGCAACCAAUUUGUUUGAGUGCCCACUCAAAACAUAAUGUAUUGCACUUGGAAUCGUUGUGAUCCUUCUACUAUUCGUGUUAGGCUAACAAUGAACCUUGUUGACAGUUGUCCCUCAUCAUUCGUUGUGUCCACUUCAUGUUUUCCAAACAUAGGAGCAAACAAUUAUGUCAUGUUGAUUUAGCAAGUUUGGACAACUCAGAGAUAUAUCAUGGUACUGACGCAAUCCAUGUUGAUAUUGGGUAGGGACUCCCUGUCCUUCACAUUGAAUUUACUCACAAUAUAAAACCUUUUUGGUUUAAAAAAAAUUGUCUUGAUAAUAAUGUUUUCGUUAAUUUCACUUGACUUUUUUUACGCACUACCCCAUUAACAUGGUCUCCACUCAAUUCAUCUUCCUGAGCUUCAGUCAGUCACUAACUCCCCCUCUCUUUUGAUCAUGUGUCAUUGUUUAGCAUACAGUCAUUUACAUUAGCGUCUUUUACAUUCUAUACUUUCUAGAUUUUCUCUUCCUUUUACAAUGAAGUCUUUAUCAAUUUUAUGUACUUCUUGUCAAAUGGGAAAAUCCUCAAAACUCUUUUUACAUGUUUCUAUUUGCGCAAUGAUAAUAUUUUAGACUUGGUUCAUUGUGAUGUUUGGGAUUCCGCAAGUAUUUCGUUUUUUGAAGGUCGUCAAUACCUUAUGCUAUGUGUUGGCUACCGUUCUCGAUACAUGUGGAUUUAUUCGUUAGUUCAAAAACUGGAUGUAUGAGUUUGAAGGUAUAACUUAAGAUGG